AGGUAACGCUCGUAAGGUCGUUGGCUGCUCUUGUGUUGCCGUUACCGAUUUCGGAGAAGAAUCCGAAGCUAUGAACGUUCUCUUGGACUACUUCAAGUCUCGUUAAACUUGUUUAGAAUCAGGAAAUAAAAAAAAAUAUUAUUGUGGAUAUAGCAACACACACAUUGCGUACACUGUUUGAAAAAAAAAAUAGAAAUGUAAUUGUCAUGGCAACAAAAUCAAUCAUUCACACAUUUUAUUUAUACACGCGCGCUUCAAUUUUUUUUUCUCUUUUCUUUUUCUAUAAAUUAUAUACAAUGAUUACAGUUGAGCCAGAAUUCAAAAUUUAUCAAGAGACUCACUUGUUCAUGACAGAACCUGUUCAUUUUCAGGUCACUGGGAUGAGACAAUCGGUGUUUAUUUGGGUUGGAAAAGAGGAUGGCAAAUUAGGAGACUUGUCCAUGGCCGUUCCUCCCUUUGCAUCACAUACUGUAGCUUCCUCUACUUCAUUACUAGGUAAAAGUGUCUCAGAAGAGAGUAAAAAUUUGGCGCGUAAACUAGCGAAAAGAUAUAAACAACAGUUUUAUGUCAGUUUUAAUUUAAAUCAAUCGGAUGAUAUGCUUUUUGUUUUUGUAGAGAAGAAAUUGAUGGAAAUAUUAAAGACUAUUUUUUAACUUAUGGCAAAUGUACAUGUGAUACAGGAUCUAAUAAUUUUGAGGUAUCAAGAAGCCAAUUGAGUAAGAUACAACCAUUUGGAUUGAUGGAUAAUAGCAUUGAGUUUUGAAUGAUGGCAGCAGCAAUGUAGAUCUAUUGAAGUUAGUACUUUUGUG